UUAUUUUGUUUCAGCUUUCUUUUCUUAAAAAAUUUUUCUUGAAGUAUCAGCCCAUUUUUCUUUUUGUGAUUUCUUUUAGUAUUUUUAUAUUUAAGUUGUCGAUUUUUGUUUUUUAUUUGAAAAUAGCAAUGAUGAAUGGUAGCCGAGCUUUGAGAAUUUUGACAGCCUGUUAUUCGCGAAAUCUAAGAUUGCGUCAACGAUUUUCUACACAUCAGGUUUUACAUUUUCGUUUGGCCAUUGUUCGACCAAAUACCGGUUUUCGCUACUUACAUUUGACUUCUAAACGAUUGGACUACCCAGACCAUUCCAAAAUAACAUUCCCUGCACUGAGUCCAACAAUGGAGAUGGGUACAAUUGUUUCUUGGCAAAAGAAGGAAGGCGAUCAACUUAGCGAGGGUGAUUUAAUGUGUGAAAUUGAGACGGAUAAAGCGACGAUGGGAUUUGAGGCACCAGAAGAGGGUUACUUGGCUAAAAUCAUUCUUCCAGAAGGUUCAAAAGAUGUCCCUGUUGGAAAGCUUCUCUGUAUUAUUGUUCAAGACAAAAAUGAUGUUGCCGCAUUUAAAGAAUUUUCUGCCGAUGAAAGUGUGGCUGCUCCGACUCCGCCUGCCAGCGCUCCAGCUGCUCAGGAAUCGACAAAACAAGCUCCUGCAGUCCAAUCUCCAACUCAACCUCCUCCUGAAACUAUGGCCAAAGGAGAUCGAUUAAAAGCGUCACCUUUAGCAAAGAAACUUGCUGGGGAGCAAGGAAUUGAUUUGAGUUCUUUUCCUGGUUCUGGUCCCGGAGGGCGUAUUUUGGCUGCAGAUUUGUCACAAGCCUCUGCACAAGCUCCAAUACCCAGUGGCGCUCCUACUGCUGAAUAUACCGAUAUUCCUUUGUCAAAUAUGCGUAAAACAAUUGCUAAACGUCUUGCAGAAGCAAAGUCAACAAUUCCACAUUAUUAUCUUACAUCUGAAUUGUAUAUUGACAAAUUAAUGGAUGUUCGAAAGAAGCUCAACGCCUUAUUAGAAAAAGAAGCAAAGAAGACUGGCGAAAAGCCACAAAAGCUUUCUAUAAAUGAUUUUAUUAUCAAAGCUUCUGCUUUGUCCUGUCUUCGCGUUCCCGAAGCAAAUUCUUCUUUUAUGGGAAGUUUUAUUCGAGAACAUUUGGGUGUUGACGUUUCUGUUGCGGUUAGUACUCCUUCUGGACUUAUAACGCCAAUUAUAUUUGAUGCACAUACAAAAGGUGUUGCAACUAUUGGAUAUGAAAUUGGAUUACUUGCUGCUAAAGCAAGGGAUGGAAAAUUACAGCCACACGAGUUUCAGGGUGGCACAUUUACCGUUUCUAAUCUUGGCAUGUUUGGCAGCGUUGACCACUUCACUGCUAUAAUAAAUCCACCGCAAUCGUGUAUUCUUGCGAUUGGUGCUGCUAGACGUAAACUUGUGCCCGCUGAAGAAGAAAGCAGUGAAGAAAAGUAUCGAGCAGUAACUUCACUCCAAGUAACUCUCAGUUGUGAUCACCGAGUUGUAGAUGGCGCAGUUGGUGCAGUUUGGUUACAACAUUUUAAACGGUUUAUGGAGGAGCCUAUUACAAUGAUUCUUUGGGGGACCGCGGGAAUGGAUAAAAAGAGAGGGGAUUAG